AUGACGACGCACGCUGGUAUACAGGGUAGCUCAGCUAAAUGGGAUUAUCUAAAUAUCUGCCCUAUUUGUUACGUUGGGAGCUCUUUGCCGACGGAUGAGUUGUCCGGAGCAUCGAGUUCGACAGCGGCCGCGGGAGCAGGUGUGUCCAUCAUCGGCGGCGUUGUCGGCGGGACAACGAAUCAGGCCAGCUCCGACAAGGAUCAAUCGGUGUCAACGUCAUCCAUCGUUACACCGGCGCCGACCCCUAAGUCCAGCCAGCCGACGAGCACCGCCUCGGCGUCAACACCGAUACCGACACCACCGACCUCAACCCCGGUACCUGGAGGCCUCGUUGUCGAAAGGAGCCCCUCCGCCGUCAGCGACGCCUCCAAGAGUGGCUGUGACAUGGUGCUGAACACGGAAUGGGCACAAGUUGAAGUUAUAAAUUUGAUCAACGAUGGCAGCGGUCUUGGAUUCGGAAUCGUCGGUGGACGCAGCACCGGUGUUGUCGUCAAGACGAUCCUCCCAGGUGGUGUCGCCGAUCGAGAUAAUCGGCUGCAGAGCGGGGACCAUAUAUUGCAAAUCGGAGAUGUCAAUCUGCGGGGAAUGGGAAGUGAACAGGUUGCGGCAGUUCUGCGACAAUCCGGCACACACGUGCGCCUCGUUGUCGCGCGACCUGUGGAGCCAACGUCGCCCGAUUACCAGGCACUCGGCAGCCACGCUCCGAUCGUACCAACGAAGAUUCUGGGUGACCCGGACGAGCUGGACCGCUACCUGGUGCACAGCGUGCCGGAGACAUACGACAACGGAUACAUGUACUCCCAGGAAUCCGACGUGGAGAUGCACGCGAGGCCCGGUCUCAUCAUGGACGUAGUACGCAAUCCCAUGCCAAUUGGAACGAUGCCAAUGAUACCAACGGUCCCGAUGCAGAUCCCAGAGCUACCUACGCUCACCAUGGACACCAUUGAUGUUAAUUCACUGCCAGAAAUGGAACGGUUCACCGUCGAGCUCAAGAAGGACAUUUACGGCCUCGGGAUCACCAUCGCUGGAUACGUGUGCGAGAAAGAGGAGGUGUCUGGUAUCUUCGUAAAAAGCAUCAGCGAGGGUAGCGCGGCAGACUUGAGCAACAAGAUUCAAAUAAACGAUAGAAUAGUUGAGGUGGACGGCCAUUCUUUACAGGGUUACUCGAAUCACGAGGCUGUCGAAGUAUUAAGGAACACCGGGCAAACGGUAGUCCUCUGCUUGGAGAGAUAUCUACGUGGACCAAAGUACGACCAGCUUCAACAAGCGAUCGCGGCUAGCGAGCUGAGACUGCCACAACCGAGUUCUCCAUCGAUCACAAGUCUACCAAGCUUCCCUAUAAGCGCGGAUGGAGAAACUACCACUGAAAUAGAACCGGAGGGAGAGUCGCACACGACCGUAGACAGCGCAGUACUUCAAGAAGGUGACCGCGAAAGAUCCUCUGAGGAAUUGGAUGACGCGGCCAACGUGGAAGCUUUGUUGAGCGACCCAUCUAGCGAGCUUACGCCUCAGAUUCGAGCUGCUAUUAAGGCGAAAUGGCAGAAGAUUGUAGGUCCAGACACGGAAAUUGUGGUUGCGCAACUAAAGAAAUUCGCGGAAGGCAGUGGUCUUGGGAUAAGCUUGGAAGGAACGGUGGACGUGGAGAACGGAAAGGAAGUGAGACCUCACCACUACAUACGAUCGAUCCUUCCAGAAGGACCCGUAGGACAGAAUGGAACACUUCGUUCCGGGGACGAAUUGCUGGAGGUGAACGGUUUUCGAUUGCUUGGUAUCAACCACAUGGAAGUGGUCAGCGUGCUGAAGGAAUUGCCUAUACACGUUCGAAUGGUUUGUGGGAGGAACCUCGCCUCGCAGGACCCUCUGUGUCCCAUCGACACUGCUCAACAUCAGGCUGCAUUCCAAACUAGAAGCAUUCUUGGUGGAUCACUGCAGAACUUGUUGCCAAUGAUGGAUCGUUUGGUGAAAGCUAAGUCUGAUGGCUCAUUGGCGACCACUACAACUACCGCUAUGAUGACGGAUGCCAGCUUGAAUAAGAUGAAGUCGCGCUCCAUGGAACCAUUAACAGGUCUGGCGAUGUGGAGCUCCGAACCGCAAACCAUUGAGCUGGUAAAAGGAGAACGGGGCCUUGGGUUCUCCAUCUUGGAUUAUCAGCAUCCAAUAAACCCCAACCGGACCGUAGUAGUGAUCAGAUCCCUGGUACCUGGUGGCGUGGCUCACGUGGACGGCAGACUGAGACCUGGUGAUCGUCUUCUUUUCGUGAAUGACAUCGCCCUGGAGAACGCGACGUUGGACCAAGCGGUGCAGGCGUUGAAAGGCGCCCCAAAAGGCACCGUACGCAUCGGUGUCGUGAAGCCAUUGCCAAUUCCAGACAGUAUUGCCCAGGUGAGCGAUCAGGAGGAUCGGAUCGAGCCGUGCGCGGAUAGGGAUAACGAGACUGAUACGUGCUCGAUCAUGGACAGCCAUAAACAGAGGCGAGAAUAUUUCAGGGAGCGUAAAGUGAACGUGAUCGAACCGCCCCAUCACAUGGAUUUGAUCGAGGGAUUGAAGCAUCAGCACAAUCUUGUCAAAUCCGAGAGUUUCUAA